CCACAAAACCCUACCCGUCACCGCCUCCUUAUAUAAAAGGCUCGCCCUCUGCGCGCCGCAGUUCCUUCGCGCACACAAGCAAACCCUCCUCCCCUCCGCCGCCCGCCGCCCGCUCGCCCGAGGAGGAGGAAGAGAAGGCGAAGGAGUAGCAGCACCGGGCAACAUGAAGACGAUCCUGGCAUCGGAGACGAUGGACAUCCCGGAGGGCGUGACGGUGACGGUGGCCGCGAAGCUGGUGACGGUGGAGGGGCCCCGCGGGAAGCUGACCCGCAACUUCAAGCACCUCAACCUCGACUUCCAGCUGCAGGAGGGCGGGCGCAAGCUCAAGGUGGACGCGUGGUUCGGCACCCGCCGCACCAUGGCCGCCAUCCGCACCGCCAUCUCCCACGUCCAGAACCUCAUCAAGGGUGUCACCAAGGGGUACCGCUACAAGAUGAGGUUCGUCUACGCUCACUUCCCCAUCAACGCCUCCAUCACCAACAGCAACACCGCCAUCGAGAUCAGGAACUUCCUCGGCGAGAAGAAGGUCAGGAAGGUGGACAUGCUUGAUGGCGUGACCAUCCUGCGGUCCGAGAAGGUUAAGGAUGAGCUCAUCCUCGACGGCAACGACAUCGAGCUCGUCUCUCGCUCCGCCGCCCUCAUCAACCAGAAAUGCCAUGUCAAGAAGAAGGAUAUCAGAAAGUUCUUGGACGGUAUCUAUGUCAGCGACAAGGGUGUGAUCGAGGAGGAGCAGUGAGCGACAACGUAGCUAAAAUGCCUGGAGAUGAUCCAGAAGUGCUACAUCUGCCUGGCAUGUUGCCAUUAUCGUUUGGGUUGCAAUUUUCGGAGACUGAAUUUUGUUCUUGGUUAGGAUGUGUUAUGGAGCAUGUUAUCUUAUCCUACAUAUUGUCGUCCCUGUUUAAGAAUAUGAACCUUGUUUCUCAUUCCCUAAAGAUAGUUGACUGCCAGUGUUGUGGUUGAAACGAAAAUGGUAGGUUUAUUAACUGAUUUGCGCA